AGCAGAGGUAGAUUUUCUGGCACUCCUGGCCUCGGCGCCGUCGUCAAAAGCCGCAACGGCGGCGUCGACGGCAACGACGAUUUUCUGGCGACGGCCUCAUGGCGACCAAUGCCAGAAAAAAUCGCCCUGGCGCCAGUAGUGAUCAGGCCGCGUCGCGCAUGACCGCAUCGAUCACUGCUGCCGGGUGCCCCUCGUGUUUCUGGCGGUUCUUGUGCUUUUUCCUUGCAGCGAGGAUGUGUUUCUUCCUUGCCGCGAGGGCCGUCCUGUUGUGCUUGCGGACCCGCUUGUCCAUGAAUAAGCACAAUUACAUCGUGAAGUACUCCGCCUGGCCCUUGUACUUGAGUUUUUUUCAUGAGCUCUUUCACCCUCUUGCACUAGAAAUAUUUUCCAAGCCUGACCACGUACUCGCUGGAGUCGGGGAAGGCCUGCGAGAAGCCCUUGAGCGUCAGGUUCUUCUCCACCUUGAGCCCUAUCGUGCAGAGGCCCCGCGCCAUCCGCGCGCCCACCAGAGUGGCUCGGCAGAGCCCGAGCUCCCGAUAUGAUCCGGAACUCUUCCCCAUUUUGGAGACGGCGGCCCGCCAGUCGGCGGUCGUGCCCUCUGGGAUAAUAUAAGUUCAUACAUGUAUAUAUAUAUAUAUAUAUGAAAUUAUAUUAUCCCCGAGGGGAAGCGUUAAGUCCGGGGGGGGGUAGAGUC